UAUAAAAGCUCUUUGGCAGUGUUGUAGCAUCAGUGACGACUAGAUCUCUCAUAUAGGUAUACCACCACCAGUUGGGACAAUUCCAUGAUGUUCAGAUUCAUUCUUUUUGCAUCUUGCGUUGUUGCUUUGGCCUCCUCAAAGGUCGUAAAGCAAAAACUGAAGAUUGUAGUUGGUGAACCUGAAGCUCAAGGCACCCACGUGGGUGAGGUCAGUGUAGGUCUCAGUGGCGGCCAAUCCAAGUCCUACUCCUCCGGCGCCGCCCUCACCAGCUUGGCCCACACCUCGGCCCUCCAAGCCAAGUCAGCCGUCCAGAACCAAAACACCGCCGGCAGCCAAGCCGCCUUCGGGGCCAAAAGCAGCCUAGCGCAGGCCGCCCUUGGGGCCGCCGCUACCGCCCAAGCCGCCCUCGUCGGCAAGCAGGUCAUCGUCCAAGGCCUCGAGCACCAGCUCCACGACGCCGAGCACCAGCUCCAAGCCGAAAUCGCCCAGUACCAGCACACGGAACACGCCGCCCAUGCAGCGCAAGAGGCCGCCCAGCAGGCCCAACAGCAGGUCGCCGCCCUGACCGCCGCCCUCGCCGCCACCCAGGGAGGCGCCCAACACGCCGCCAAAGCCGCCGCCGAGGCUGCCGGAGCUGCCGCCGCCCAGCACGCCAUGAUCCACGAGGCUAAGCAACGGGUGGCCCAUUUGAGGGAGGAACUGCACAAUGCUCUCGCUGGGCUGCAGGAAACCGAGAUUUCGGCCCAGAAAGCUGCAGCUGCUGCUCAUAUUGCGCAAAGUAAUGCCGCCGCCGCCGCCAAUGAUGUCGCCGCUAAUGCCGCCCAGACUGAACUCGAAGGGCAUGGGCAUGGCUACGAACAGGCCGCUGGAGGGCUAGAAGGACAAGUAUACGAACAAGCGGGUCAUAAAUGAGAAGGGCUGAGUGUCACUCAUCUGUAAAUAACCAUCCUCGUUUCAUGUACUUGUGAUUAAUAAACAAAUUUAAAAUUA